AAAGGGCUUUCACUGUGUGAAACGUGCUGCAAUGCUGUGUUGGGCUACUCACCUUAGCAUGGCUGCGCAUGUGUGCUUGGGAGUCCGUAAAGUUUUUUUCUUUCUUCUUUUCCUAUAAGAGGAGAGCCCCGUUACUUUCAUCCCGCACAGUCAGGCACAAUGCUGCCCUUUGACGAGCUGCUGGUCGCCGUAGGAGAGUUUGGGCCUUACCAGAAAAGGCUCUGCAUGUUGUCAUGCAUCACCGGAAUCUUCUUCGCCUUCCUUUAUGUGGGUGUCGUGUUUUUGGGCAGCACUCCCGGACACUGGUGCCGGGAACCAGGAGGGGAGACGAUCCAGGAGAUGUGCGGCUGGACAGAGGAGGAGUUCAGGCAGCUGACGGUACCCCGAUCGACGCUGGGCACUUUCAGUAGCUGUCAGAGGUUUGACGUGGACUGGAACAUCACUCGGGUCGACUGCGGCAACCGGCAGGAUGACCCGAGCUCCCUCAACAACACUCGGCUGGCUCCCUGCACCAAUGGCUGGGCAUUUGACCCGUCUCUCUCCACCAUUGUCUCUGAGUUUCAGUUGGUAUGUGAGAAUGCGUGGCAGGCGGACCUGAACCAGGCAUUUUUAAAUGUCGGCUUACUCCUGGGGGCCCUGGUGAUCGGAUAUGGAGCAGACAGAUACGGCCGAAAGCUCUGCUUCCUCAUUUCCAUUUUUGGAUUUGGGAUCUCUGGUAUAGGGAUGAUAUUUUCCCCUAAUUAUAUGGUCCUUCUGGUGAUCCGCAUCAUCCAGGGAGUUUUUGGAAAAGGGGCUUGGAUGUCCGCUUAUGUCCUGGUAACUGAGAUCGUCGGCUCCGAUCAGCGGCGACUGGUGGGGACCGUGGCCCAAUUAUUCUUCACCGCCGGGGUCAUCAUUCUGCCGGGAAUCGCCUACCUCAUCCCGUCAUGGAAGACGCUGCAGUUCUCCAUAACAGCUCCAUGCUUCCUCUUCUUGGUAUAUUACUGGCUCCUUCCAGAGUCCCCACGAUGGCUCCUCUCUAUGAAAAGGACCACAGAGGCCAUGGAGAUAGUCAAGCAUAUGGCCAAAAAGAACGGAAAAUCCCUCCCACAAGAUUACAUUACGAUGCAGCUACUACAGCCUGGACUUGAGGAUAAUUUAUCAAGCAACCCAGUUCCCUGGGAUGUUUUUAAGACUCCUCAGAUGAAGAAGAUCACUUUAAUCUUGAUGUAUGCAUGGUUUACCAGCUCAGUGGUCUACCAGGGCCUGAUAAUGCGUACCGGCAUCGUUUGGGGCAACCUGCACCUGGAGUUCUUCAUAACCGGCGUGGUGGAGCUGCCCUCUGCUCUGCUCUUCUACCUGACCGUGGAUUGGCUCGGCCGCAGGAUCCCUUUUGCAGUAUCUAACAUCAUUGGAGGGCUGUCCUGUUUGGCCACUGCUUUUAUACCAGAAGGUAUAAAAGCAUGUAUAAAAGCAUGUAUACCAGAAGAUAUCUCAUGGCUGAAGACCGCUAUAGCCAUCAUUGGAAGACUUGGAAUAACACUUGGCUUUGAAAUUGUGUACCUAAUCAGUACUGAACUUUAUCCCACAACAUUACGGAACCUUGGCGUUUCUGUGGUGUCGUCUCUGAGUGACAUCGGUGGAAUUGCAGCCCCGUUCCUGCUCUUCAGGUUAGCUAGCGUGUGGACAGAGCUUCCAAUGGUUCUAUACGGGCUCAUGUCUUUGAUCUAUGGGGCUCUGGUUUUUCUCUUGCCUGAGACAAAAGGUAUUGAUCUGCCUGAGAGUACUGAGGACAUAGAAGCUCUGAAAAGAGUUGAAAUGGUACAUGCAAAUGGAUAGAGGCCAGCCGUGUCGCUGCAUGAGCUCCCGAAAAGCUGAACAAACAGAACGUGGCGAGGCCUACUCCAGCAAGGAAUGGGAAAGUGGGUGGGGCCAGGUGGGGCAGAGCCAAUCACAAAGCAGUGUGAGUUUAUGUCAGGAUCAAGGUUUUUUACCAUAUAUGCAACCUUCUUGCUUGAUAAAACUUGCUAAACACAAUGUGUACAGUAGAAAUAUGAUUGGACCUACUGUAUCUUCAGGUUAUUAAUGAAUGCCCUAAAAAUGACAGUGAAUGAUAUGAAAAGAUAGGCAAAACGGUGGAUCAUGUGAUUCAAGUAAAAUGCUAUUGUCCUAUUUUCACGUAAACAUUCCACUUCAGUUACAUAUCAGAGCAGGCAUUUAUAAAGGCAGGCCUCAAGCAGUUAUAAAGGCAGGCCUUGUAUAUCAUAAUGUACCAUUUCACAUGAUUUAUUUUGAACAAGGGUCUGAAGAUCACAAAAUCUAGUGCUUGUGAAAACAUAUCCCAUUAAUCUGAGUUUCCCCGUGAAAAUACUGCAGUGAAGCUUCACUUAAACUUUUACACAAAACUAAGAUCCAGGCAAGUAAUUUAGUUACAAGAGAAGAACAAAACAUUUCAACUUUUGCAGAUUAUUUAAAUCCAUUAAUAAAAGCAAGAUAGCUGUAAUUCUGUUAGUUUAGCAGUUGCCUGGAUAUGUACAUUAUGUUUAGAUUUUAAAAAUUGUGCGUUAUAGUUUAACUAAAAUACAUUAAAUACAUAUACAUUUUAAAUAUUGGCUAGCAAACCAGUGCAGGGGACCUUGAUAAUUUUGAGACCCAAAUUUAAUCUGACUUUAGUAGUAUAGUAGACUGCAGCUUACUGAAGUGGGCUGGCUGUUUUUCUUUAAUCUAGACUGUGUUGUGUAUAUAAUUAACGACUUUUGAUUUUAACAUUUUUAUAUUUUUCUGUAUUUUUUCAUUUUUACAUUACAUAGAUUAUAUAGACACUACAGAAAAUCAGGAUCACGAACAAUAAAAUUAUACAACUAUUACUGUAAAAGCUGCACUUAAAAUGAAUUUUAAUUUUUCAUCAUUUUGAAUCCACAUUCUGUUAAAAGGCAUGUGGUGUGUUCCCUGCUAUAACAAUAUCUCAGUUUUCCCCAAUACACAAGACCACUUAUUCACCAGAUAAAGUGUAAUUCAUAUUGCUAUGACCAAGCAAGUAUACUGUUUUUCUGUAUUAUUAUUGUGUUUUUUACUAAUUGUAUUUUGCUGUAAAAUUCAACUGAAGCCGCUCUGAAUAAGAAUAUUCAAUAUUAAGAAAUGUAUAUGAAAUUUCAUCAAAAUAUUUACCCACAUAAAUCUUGUGAGAACACA